AUGCUGUUCAUAUUCACAUCCGCUUUGAGUACUUAUAAACCUUCCGGAACUGAAAAUGUUUAUCAGUUAACUUCAUUAGCUUCAUCACUAAUAAUGUCUCCAACAAUCAUCGUCCUCAUUGUCAUUAUGCUCGUCGUAUGUGUCAGGCUUCUUUACAAGAAAUCUUUAAGCAACCCACACCCUCUGCCACCUGGUCCAAUGUGUUUUCCAUUCAUUGGAUGUACAUUCCAAAUGCUCCUAAACCAGCCUAGUUUUAGGUGGAUCCACAACCUCAUGGAUCAGUUCAACACCAAAAUACUUUGCAUCCGUCUAGGAUCUUCAACUCAUGUCAUCACUGUCACCUCCCCAGAGAUAGCAUGCGAGUUCCUAAAGAAACAAGAGGCAAUAUUCAUUUCAAGACCAGACUUCAUUUCUGCAUAUCUGAUGAGUGACGGCUAUCACACAGCUGCCAUGUCCAAUGGAGACCAAUGGAGGAAGAUGAGAAGAAUUGUAACUCGCGACAUGCUCUCGUCCCAAGUGCACAAAUGGUUGCAAUCCAAACGUGAUGGAGAAGCCAACCAGUUGCUUGGGUACAUAUGCAAUCAAAUACAGAACGGAGAUCACAUAACUGAUGGGGGGUUAAUAAACAUUCGAAUGGUGAGCCAACAUUUCUGUGGAAACUUACUGAGAAACAUGAUUUUUGGAAGAAGGUUUUUUGGGAAAGGAAGUGAAGAUGGUGCGCCUGGUGAAGAGGAAACUGAACAUAUUGCGGCUAUUUUUAACAUCCUAAAGUAUCUUUAUGCAUUUUGCAUCACAGAUUAUCACCCAUGGUUGAGAUGGAAGUCUGAUUUUGAUUGCCACGAAAAGAACAUUGAUCGGCACUCAAAAUUGCUCGAAAGUAUCAAGAUCCAUUGA